UUCUCCAAUUUAAUUUUUAUAAACUUCGCACGUGGCUAAAAUAACACCGACUGGCUUAUUCAUACAUGAGUCCUAAUUUGGUAUUUUGUCGCUAUUCUUUUAAAACACCUGGGUCUUUAUCAUAUCCUGCAAAAACACGUUAGCUUGCUAGCGAGUACACCGGAGUACUAGCGAUUAUCAAAUGAGCGCUAUUGGUCACAACCGCACGUGUGCGGUUGGCAUGACGAUGGACAUGCAUCCUGUUCACACGUAACUAAGCAGUGUCGUAACUAAUGUUAAUCAUCGUGUGGUGUUUUGCACCGUUCAUAGUCAGGUGUUUUUUGUUUUUGUUUUAUUUGCUAUUUUUGCUCGUUUCGCUCCUCUACAUUCGGUAUCGUCCGAGAAAGCUGGUCAACGACCAUCACGCGUCCUUUACCUUUCAGCGACUUGAAACAGAAAUAGAAAUAGCAAUGAGUCUGUCGCUCUCUCUCGAACGAGAGAGAUCCUGGGAACUAGCUUGGAGAAACGCGCACUGUAGCAGUUUCCCGGCUAUGAAGUGAAGCGCAAGCUUGAUACAACAACGAGACAUUCGAAAACAAAUUAUAUUAUAAAAAGCCACAGGAAUUAAUGUGAUUUGAUCUAGGGGCGGUCACCGGUGGUGGUUGGAAAUUAACUUGACUCCGCCUGGGGAUCGUAUGUUUCUUUUACUGUGGUUUCGUCGCAAUGUUUGCGUCAAAAUUGAAGGGGUGGAACUAAAUGAGUUCUGACGUUCCAAACUUCAGUGUCAGGUUUGUUUUGCUUAGCAGUACAACAAGUAUUUUGAGAAUUUCGCCUUCUGCUAAAAACGGAAAUUUUAUCUCGAUCCUAUCUUGGAUUGUUGAAUUCGCUACAAAAUCUAUCCGCCUCACUUGACCCCUUUCUGCGGGAACCUAAACUUAUCUUCUUUGACGUCAGACUGUUCAGGGCGAGGAACUAUUUGCGGUUUUCAAAUAUUUACAAAGAACGCAACCUUUAUUAUGUCCGAACCAAAUUGAAAUUGCUCGUACUAAUCGGAAAAAUUGUUUACCACCGAAAAGGUUCAUGGAAAAUGCGCUCUCGCGCGGUAUUCUUUGUUUUACAAUCAACCAUGCAGCUAUAAUUGAUUAAUUACAAAUUCGGAGUCAUUUCAAUGUAAUUGUUUCUCUGACAAUGAAUUUGAUCGCUCGGUGUGGUUUCCGGUGGUUUUUCAGCUUGAAAAUUUGCGCUUUUGCAGCUCUAUUAUUUUUGCCGUGAAACCGUUUAUGAACCUGUAUCGAAAAAAGAUUUCGCCUUUCGAGUGUUUAUAUACCGCGCGAGUGAUCACGCGAAACGUAGAACCUCCGAGAAAACCACGCGCUUGUUUGAUUUCAUUUGGUGUCAAGGCAUCGAUUUACUUGUCAACUGAAAGGUCGUCUCGCAAUUUGAUUGGCUGUCGCGUGAUCCUGGUGUCCGUCAAUUGUUAUCUCAGGCCAUUUCCAUUUUGGUCAAUUUAGUGAGUCAUAGAUGUCCAUUUCAGUUUUGUAUGCCCGAUUAGGGACCGCUUUGUCUGUAGUGUUAUUUUCACAAACAUGUGUAAAAGGUUCGAUAGCGUCAUGUUUUGGUGUUUCCUGUGGAUCGGUUGCUUUUUCUCUUCAUUUCAACGAGGCUUAGCGCAAGGAAGUUCGUCGAAUACAGAUCCAGGCGGGGGGAAAAGUCCUCCGUUAGAAAUCGCCGUAAAGCUUGGUUCAGACGCAAUUAUCCCUUGUGAUGCUGUGGACCCGAACCAACCGUCCGAUCUUUUCGAGUGGCGAAAGAACGGGUCGAAAAGCGCGAUUUUUAUCAAGUUCAUGAACUUCAAACCACACAUUGACUCGCGCUACUCUCGCCGUUUGCAUAUGAUAAACAGUUCCGCGAUAUUACUUUCGGGAGCCAAGGAAAGCGAUUCGGGAAUUUAUCGUUGUAGAACGAUGCAGACCGGUUCGGAAAGCACGAUCUUAAAGCACGGGAGAUGGGUGGUUUUAAAAGUUACAGGAAAAGCUGCCUUACCAUCUCGUCGGAAAACAGUUGUAGAAAAAUAUCCAGCCGUGUUGGACUGCUUGAUCGAUUCCAACUUGCCGAGUGAGAACGUAAUUUACAGCUGGACUAAAAAUGGCGCCGAUGCGACUUCGGACGCUCGCGCCACUAUCAUCGCGUCGGGAGCUCUGUUCAUUAAGUCUACUCGCAGGACUGAUUCAGGUGUCUACAUGUGUACCGCCAAGACAUUUGACUCAAACGGCCUGGUAAACUACCCUGGAACUGAUAUUAUGUUGGACGUUCAAUUUACCCCUACGAUUACCGAUAUGCCGGAUACCGUAGCAGCACCGGAGGGAUCAGAUGCCCGAUUGCCUUGUGUUUCCGUGGGAAAUCCUUCAACCCACUUUACAAACUGGACACGACAUGGCGAGAGCCUUACAUCUCAUCCAAGAUUUGCUGUUCUGGAGAAAGGAUCGUUGCUGAUACAAAAUGUUCGACGUACAGAUGCCGGGGAAUACGUCUGUACUCCUCACAACAAAGUUGGCGCGGGAAUGUCAAAAACUACAAAGCUUGUUUUGAAAGUUGUUCCGAAGUUCAUCGUUGCACCUCCAAGUAUCAUGACUCUAAGAGUAGGUGAUGACGUCAGUCUGGUCUGCGAAGCUACGUCAGAGUCGCCUCCCAAGCUAACGUGGGAGCGCGAAGGAAUGCCCUUCCCAGCGGACCGUACGGACAUACAAGGUGGAAAGUUGGUGAUUACUGCCAUACAGAAAGAUGAUUAUGGAGUUUACACAUGCAUUGCUACUUCAGAUGACGGCAAAGCCAGGCAUUCCACCACUAUAGCUGUUAUAUCCACUCCUAGCAAGCCCACAAUUACUAGCGUGCACUUCAACCGUGCAACAGCUGUGGUUAAGUGGAGGCCUGGGUACGAUGGUGGUUAUCCGCAACAGCUGGAAGUCUGGUAUCGUCUUGUCACAGAUAACGACUACGAAUGGCGCAGGUCUGCUUUCCUCCUAGCCAGUGUGACUUCAUACAAUAUCCCAGACCUCCAGCCAGAACAAGCAUAUUACUUCAGCAUCAGAGGCAUCAAUAGAGAGGGAGCUGGGCACUUUAGUGACCUUGUAGAAGCGAGAGGAGUUCCGCCAAAGAUAAAUCGAUCACCUGAUAAAGCAGAUAAACCUUUAGCACCGCAAAACGUCAUAGUUAACAUCACCAAAGAUGGUUAUUACAUCACGUGGACCCAUACAGCUGUUCCCGGCCGACCGGAAGUGGAGAAAUUUGUUGUGGAAUACAGAGAAGGAAAUGGCUCGAGCGCUUGGCUUGUGGCAGCUGCCGCUGUCCCCGAGGGUCGCAGGGUCUACUUAUUUGAAGCGGAAAUGAUCGAAGAGGACAAGACUUAUGACUUCCGGGUAUUUGCUUUUGGCGCCAACGAGUUCAGUGACGCUGCUUACGUUUCUAAGACUUAUAAACUUGGUUCUCCCGUUAUCGGACGGCGUUCUGGUAAAAGUGACGUCAUUCCAAUAAUAGCUGGAGUCCUGGGAGCCUUAGUGGGUAUUUUCCUGCUUGGCUUGGUGUGCUUCUGCUUUAUUCACAGGAAAUCCAGAAAAGAAAAUAUCAGUAAAUCCGGAGACAAGAAAGUUCACUUCACUCUUCCUGAUGGCUCGACGGAGGCUUACGAACCCGAAGAAUCAGACGAAGAUUUCCUCGACGCUGAGAUCAAGCUUCGUCCCGAGGCUGUGCGAUUCAUUCCCGAUGACAGCGACGGAAGCGAAGACGAGAAAUUCGCGAAGCUGAAACGAGAAGAAGACUUGAUAUUGACGGGUCAUGACGGACGCUAUAGCGGCGACAUGUUGCGUUAUGCUAAAUUGGUGACGAGCGCAUCGCCUCCGCGAUCUCCAGAAAAUUCGUCUGAGGAUGAAAAAGUUCAUUACUUUGGAGAUCUGGAAUCUCGGGACGGCCAGUCUGCCUGGUAUGACUGCACAUUGGCCAAACCCGCAUCACGCGAGGUACGGGAUUCGUUCGAUCAGUUUUGCAAGAGCGAUGUUGGAUCGCGGGAUUCUAUUCUUAGUCACAAAUCUCCUCCGGGAUUUGGACGCAAGGCUUCGUUUGAGCAUUUAGGAUCUCAGGCUUAUGCGGCGCAGAAAUUUGGCUCCAACCACAGUCUUCCAGAUAAGCGAGAUUCCAGCCUGUUCCGCAACCCGCGAUUUCAACCCAUACAAGAGGAAUUGCCAAGGGAUCGAGAUGUCCCUCGAGGUAACGCGACACUUGGGCGACGACAACCUCAUCAUUGGUCGACGCCGGCGGUUUUCUCAAGACGCCAGGAUUCAAACAACAACAGCGACGGAAAAGGUUCCGAUUCCGAUUCGGGGGACUCGUCAAGCCGAGGACGAAAAGGCCGACGACACAGACCUCAUUCAUUGUACGAAGGCAAACUUCGGCCCAUUUCGGAGCAGGACUCCGACUCAAAACUUCGCUGUACAUGCGACGACGAAGAGGAGUCGGACGAAGGCUUGAAAUAUCCGGCUCAUAAGGGACGGGAGGGCAGUGGUACAUUGUCACUAGGAAGGAAAGUUCCCGACACAGAAUCGUCUUACCUUCAUCUAGAAAGAGCGGAUUCUCAAAGGCUCUCUUUUACUGAACAGUUAAAAGGUUGGAGCGAAGCUUCCUUGAAAGGUGAACCUUACGAUAAACACUCCAAGAACAAAAAUCCUGUCUCUCCACUCGAUACAGACUCAGAGAACAGCGUUUCACCGGCGUUAUCAAUGGUCUCGCUUUCAGAAACAGAAAGUGACCGGGAGAUUGCCCGAAACCUUUACGACAGCCAACCUAGUACCGUGACAAAUGGCUCCCUCACCCGUCAAACGGACGCCAUUGCACUUCCUCGUGCAGUUACGAAAUUAAGAUCAGUGGAUUCCGAAUCGUCGUCUGAUGAACAGGGAAGAUCAGGAGUUCGUGAUAGGUCAAGGAAACCUUCUCCACCUGUUUAUAAGGACAAAAAGCCUCCUUCUGUCACGGAUUUGAACUUAAAUCCCAUGGAACGAGCAGACUCGAUGGAUCAGCUAAAAAUAUGUGAUCCUUUCUUCCAACAAAGGCGCCGUGUGUCUAGGUCCUCGUCCAAUGCGUCAAGCGGAAUCUGUUCAGUGCUCGUGUCAUCAAGUGAGACAAACAGCAUUGAAUCGCCUCGGGAAAGCUCAUCGAAACGAUCCUCGCGUUCGAGUGACCGAACAUCCAGCGACCGCGCGUCGAGUGGUUACGGAUCCUCUCGCGAUAGCUACGACAAGCCCGAUCGAAUAAAACCAGCGGAUUACUCGAAAGCUCAUGCGCAAAUGCGGUUAAAAGGGACAAGAUUAUCGCCAUUAGACGAUCCCUAUGAGUUAGAUCCCUCGUCAAGUGAAAUGGACGACUUAGAGACGGAAGGGACUUCAUACAAUCCUCAAGUUUUUGAGGAUCUUAUGACCCUCCAGCAAGAGAUGGGUGUAAAUUUAGAAGGAAGUGACUCCAGCAGAGAAAGCCUGAAGGAAAUGGAGAAACUCUCAAAUUCCGAUUUGCUUAGAUAUUCUCCAAACGUUUCUCCGACGAAGUACAAAGUUGAUCAGUUGAGUGACGCUGAGAAAGACCAGCGUUGUUCUAAGUUGAUGGCGGAAUACAAAACGAACAAGAAGUUACAAGAUGUCAAGGCCAGUGGCAGUCAAGUGUAUCGAUCGUGGGAUCUUUAACGCGGCUUACUGAUGCAAUUAUUUGCAGUUGUUUUAUGUCAUGGUUAGCCCUGUGCAAAAAGAGAAAUGUGCUUGUGGCGUGACGCCGACCGAGGCAGACUGUAGUACAGUCUUCCUUUCGAGAUUUGUUCCGUUAAAAUGGUCAGAAACGGUUUUCAAGUCUUCCCUACACUGCGUGACCUAAUAGAAUACCCUCUAAACUCAUUCACGCCUCGUAACGAAAGAAGAAAUACGAACUCAAAGUUAGGGUAAAGCGCGGUAAAGCUGUUUAUUCUAUAGUAUAGACGCGCUCAGUUGUUUACAAAAAUGUUUCGUUGAAACGAAUCGUCCCGUUGCCCUACAUCUUUUUUCUUUUUCCGUUGCUUGGCCAAUCAAAAACCAAGUUAGUCUGGGAAGAAGUCAAAUGUCAAUAAUCUGCACGUGCGGACGUUUGGCUGACAGCCUCUGAAAUCAACGCAUGUUGACCGAAAGCGUUUUUACCUCAAUUGCUACUAAUUUCGCAAUCUGAUUGGCUAAUUUGUCGUUGUCGAUAAGAGUCCAGACAACGCUGCUCGCGUCAAUGUGUCAUGCAAUG